AUUCUCGUGUUACAACGCAUGGUUUGAAACACGUGCUCGGUAUAUGUCAGUUAAUACUAUUUUAUAACCUAUCGUCUCAGAAGAACACAGUAGUAUUUGAAAGAAUGUCGUGAAAGUUCCUGUACAAAGUACAAUUAAACUAUAAUUAGUUUCAAAGUACUUAUCGUAAUACUUUUGUGGUAUUCGACGUAGUGUUCCAUACUUAUGCUAGUGGAAUGGCGUUAGUAAAUCAAUUUCAAAAGUUUUCGAGAUCAAUUCUCUGCAUUGCUUCGAAUUAUUCAAAAUUUACAAGCAAGACAAUGUUGCCUUUUUUACAGACAACAAGAGGAACAUCAACAACGCAACCACUUUCAGAAAAACAAGAAGUUAAUAUAACAUUUGUUAAGGCAAGUGGAGAAAGAAUCAAAGCAAAAGGAAAAAUUGGAGAUACUAUUUUAGACAUAGUAGUAAAUAAUGAAAUUGAUUUAGAUGGAUAUGGUGCUUGUGAGGGAACAUUAACUUGUAGUACAUGUCAUCUGAUAUUUCCAAAAGAAGUUUAUGAUAUACUUCCUGACAAACCAACAGAUGAAGAGUUAGAUAUGUUAGAUCUAGCAUAUGAAUUAACAGAUACAUCACGACUAGGUUGUCAAAUAGUAAUGACUAAAGAACUUGAUGGAAUUGAGGUAAGAGUUCCAACAACAAUUAAUGAUGCAAGAGCAUAACUAAGAUUCAUUAUAGUUUAAAAAAUUUGUAUAAUAAUUUUUGUUAUAAUGAUAAAAAAUUUAGGAUUAAAAUAUAUAAAAAAAU